GUGGUUGCAUGGAAGCACCGGUGUCCUCGACGGCCCCAGAAGCAUCUUCGAGCAAUUCCCGCGGAACCCGCAGCAAACGAAAUCCCCGCCCACAUGAUCACAGCCAGUCACAUCUAGAUCAAGCUCAGGACCAGCCCUCUGCCCGCGGACGGGGUCAAGGCCAAGGUGCCCGCGGUGGUCCAAGCAGAGCGCGCGGCCGAGGCAGAGGCGGCCAGCCCGGGAACAGGGCCAAUCCCCAGCCAGAGGGGCAGCAGCCAGGGAACCGCCCAAAGGAAAAGAGCCAUCGCACCCCCGCUCCGACCGCCGGGGAUUCGCAGACAGAUCGCCCAGGUACUCUGCCUACCCAAGACAAGAAGCCACAUGGGAGACGCGCUGCAAAGUUCAAAGGAUCUCUCACCACCGCAACGGACGACGCCCCCGAUGCAUCGACGCACAAGAAACCUGCCGGCAAAACACACCCGCCCCGCAGAGCAGCCGAGCCCGACACCCUCGCAGGCAGACUCGCCCAUGCUCUCCAGACCCCCCCUUAUGCAGAUUGCCCUAUCUGCUUCAACUCUAUACAUCCAGCUGCCCCAACCUGGUCAUGCGCUCCACCCACUCUUGGCCGGGCCGACCAGACAGACGAGAAACCGGACACUGACAGCAAGGAUGACUGUUGCUGGACCACCUUUCAUCUCAAGUGCAUCAAGUCUUGGGCCUCCAAGAGUGUCAAAGACUUGGAAGCAGCCUGGCGUGCACGCGGUGAGGAGCGACCGGGAGAGUGGAGGUGUCCAGGAUGCCAGGCAAGGAGGAUGCAAGUCCCCUCCGAGUACAAAUGUUUCUGUGGCCAGUCUACUUUGACCCCAAGCGGAUCUCGUAACAUGGCGCACUCCUGCGCAGCGCCGUGUGCCCGUCCCCGCCGGCUUUGCACCCAUUCAUGCCCUCUUCCAUGCCAUCCCGGCCCUUGUCCGCCUUGCAAUAUCACCGUCCGCCAACAGUGCUGGUGCAAGAAGGAAGAGCGCGCUUGGCGGUGCUCAGAGAUCUCUCGCUCUCAUCGCUCUCUUGACGCCAUCUCAGACCAGAGCGGCGUUUCCUGCGCUCAGGUUUGUGAUAAACCUCUCAGUUGCGGCAAUCCCGAGCACCGCUGCGCCAUGUUAUGUCAUCCAGGUCCCUGCACUCCUUGCGAGGAGGAAGAACAGGUUCUCUGUUUCUGUGGCAAGCAGACCAAGCGUGUCAAGUGCGGAGAAGACAGGCAGCGUGCUGUUUCAUGUAGCGUCGAAGGAGAGAAUUGGGAAGGAAGAUUCAUGUGCGACGGAGCUUGCGAACGACCUUUCGCCUGUGGAACGCAUACAUGCUCACUCUCCUGUCAUCCCCCAUCUUCUCGCCCUCCGACUUGCCCGUUCGAUCCAGUAUUGAUGACCAAUUGUCCAUGCGGCAGAAUAUCACUUGGAAGUGGCAAUGAGUAUUUACUGGUCAUCUCAGCCACACCAAAUGAUCCCAAAGACCCGUCCCUUCCCCGUGACCACAAACAUCCACCGCCCGGCUAUCUUCCACGUACAUCUUGUACUACACCCGUCCCAACCUGUCUUUCCCUAUGUACACGCCCACACGCAGCUUGCGGUCAUCCGUGCGAAGCUCGCUGUCACCCGGGACAAUGUCCACCCUGCGCGGUACGCCUCCGGCGUGCCUGUCGCUGUGGCAGCCACGUUCGCGAGGUCGUCUGCGGCGAGGAAGGCGAGGGCCGCGAUUGGGCGUGUGGUCGCGUCUGCAACGGCAUGUUGAAUUGCCGCAGACACCGCUGCACUCGUGCUUGCUGUCCACUUGCGUCGCUUUCCGCUGCAGCGGCGGGGAAGCGCAAGGCUGCGGCCGGAGCCUUGGAGCUGGACGAUGACCAGGAUGGUGGUUUGCACACCUGCGAGUUGAUAUGCGGAAAGGUACUUGGCUGUGGAAAUCACACAUGCGAGCGCCGAGACCACCGAGGUGUGUGCGGUAAUUGUUUGAGAAGUGAGUUUACCGAGAUGAUAUGUCCUUGUAGUCGCACCAUUCUAGACCCGCCAAUACCGUGCGGAACCCGCUUAGAGUGCAGUUACUCCUGUAAUCGCCCUCAAGCGUGUGGACAUCCUGUCGUUCCACACGCAUGCCACGCAGCUUCGCGCAUCAGGGCUUCAACUGGACAAGAAGAAUGGAUCGUUGCGGGCGCGGAGGUACCUUGGGCGGAAAGCGAUAACCCCCAGCAAGAGCCUGACGAUGAGAACGUCGAACAGACUGAGGGUGGAAAUAGAGAGCUGGAAUGGCAGCCCUCGCCUUGCCCGCCUUGUCCAUUCCUGGUCCGAAAACAAUGCGCUUGCGGAAAAAAGGAAGUCGACAACGUCCGCUGUGCACAAGACCGGAGUAGGGUCAGCUGUGGUACUGUUUGUGGCCGUCUGCUCGCCUGCGGAUAUCAUAGCUGCUCAUCAACCUGCCAUCCUCCACCGUGUGGAGCAUGUGCAGCGCCAUGUGGCAAGCCACGCCGGUCCUGCUUGCCUGCUCACCAUCCUUGUACAGCCCCAUGUCACGCACCGGCCUCUUGUCCCGAGGACGAGCCAUGUCUAGCGCCCGUCACACUCACCUGCGCCUGCGGACGGAUGCGCAGUGUUGUACCAUGCAUGCGUGCCACACCGUCCAACAACGCUGGCGGGCGCGCUUCGGCCGAUCCGGAUAUACGUGAGGGUGCGCUGAAAUGUACACCAGACUGCGCCGCCGCGAAGCGUCGCGCACAGCUGGCUGAGGCUCUCGGCAUCGCACCCGAUAAACGGGGGUCCCCGCCUGCGCUGGGCCAAGGCCGCGCGAUCACCUACUCCGACGAGCUGCUUGUGUCGGCACGCCGGGAGGGCCCUAAGUUCGUCGCGCUCGCUGAGAAGGCGCUCGCGGAUUUUGUCAACGGCGACCGCUCGACGCAGGUUCUCCCGCACAUGCCGCCGGAGCGCCGCGGGCUCGUGCAGGGCCUCGCAAGUGUUUACCGCCUCGAUGCAACUAUGGUCGACGCGGAGCCGCACCGGAGCGUGCAGCUCGGGAGACGCAUCGACUGCCGCGUGCCCGUUCCUCUCCUCUCCCAGGUCGUGUUCGGCGCCGACAGCGGGGAGAAGAAGGGGCUCGGGAGGCUGACCGAUCUACGGGGCGGGAAGCUGCCUGUCGCGUAUGGUGUCUCUGCGAGCGGGUCAAGCACUCCGCUCACGUCUACUAGACCGAAUGCGUGGACGAGCGUCGUUUCUCGACCCGCCAGCAGCUCCACCCCUCCGGUAGCCAGUGGGUGGACGACACCCCGGUCUAGCUCACCGGCGCCUGUCACUGGAAGACUUGAUGUGGUGGCUGCUAGUAGACAUGCAGCCGCUGCUCGCACGAGUGCUAGUGCUUUGGUUACGAGCGGGCCGCCUUCGCGCCAAAGGACACCCGUGACAGAACCGGUGUCAGCCCCGACACCUGCUCCACCGCCGGUUCCUGCAGAAGACGUCCCCAAUGACUGGGAGGACGACGCUUAGAUCAGUAGAUUAUUUACACACCGUGUAGACCAAUAAUUAUUCAUCAUGGCUGUAGUGUACAACGAUGUGCUAUUAGAAAUGUUAAGCACGCUGCUAUUGUGUGCGAUUGAUGGGAGCAUGGG